AAAUUCAACCGAGGAAGAAGAAAAAUAAAUCGACCUGUUGGGGGCGGAGUAUUGUCUUUUCGCUGCCAAAAAGCCGAUAAAAGGCUUUCGGCGUCUGCAACCAGGAUAUUAUACAUUCCUGAAAAUAGGAGUGAAGUAACACAUGAACCAAGAAAAGAGCUGCCAACAUGGAUGCAAGUGAGGACCAAAACACCAGCACCAGCACAAACAACACCACCACGACCACCAAUGGAAACCCUCAAACCAGCAGAACCUCCCGCCCACCGCAGAUUGCCCACAUGUCUCUAUAUGAGCGACAGGCCGUGCAGGCACUUCAAGCCUUGCAGCGACAGCCAAAUGCGGCGCAGUACUUCCAGCAACUCAUGCUUCAGCAACAGAUCAGCAAUGCUCAACUUCACAACCUAGCAGCUGUGCAACAGGCUACACUUGCAGCAAGUCGCCAAUCUAACACCCCGAGUAGCAGCAUCUCACAGGCCACCACCACUGUGAACCUCAGUACCACUUCGGCAGGGGGAACUGCAGUGACGCCUCGUCCCCACGGGCCAGUCACCUCCGCGACAACGACCACCCUCAGCCAGUCAGUGUUGUUGGGGGGGAACCCUCCAGGACAGGGGCAGAUGUAUCUUAGGGUGAACCGUUCUCUCAGGGCUCCGCUGGCCUCUCAGCUCAUCUUCAUGCCAGGCGGCACAGCAACAGCUACUGUCGCCACAGUGGCCCAGACCCAGCAGCAACAGACUGAAGCCCCUACUUCAGCCAGCGCUCAGUCCGAUAACGAUCAGGUGCAGAAUUUGGCCUUACACUGUGCAUCCACUCCAAGAGGGGUCGCCAUCAAGUCCGAGCUCCCCGAGAGGAAAGACCCUGGCAACUUUCCUGUCAGUCAGCAGCAGCAAGUUCAACCUCAGUCGCAACCGGCCAAAUCGCCGGGCAACUCGAUGGCCAUCAAAGGCUCCAACCAGCCCGCAAUGAGCGUCCCUCCUCCCGGUUCCUCGGUGGCCUCCUCCGCUUCCUCGUCUCCGGCGCUCCCACUUUCCCAGCUGCUCCUUUCGCCCUCAGCUGCCCCCGUCAUCCUGGUGCCCACCUCCAACGUGCCUACCUCCUCUCAGGGCUACUCCAUUGGCUCGGUCGCCCCUAAAGCCAACGUCAACACGCAGACCCUGGUGGUGCAACCCCUCCAGCAGGCCAACGCCGCCGCCGAUAAAGGACCUGUGCCCAUCCAGCCCAAGACGGCGCAGGGACACCGUUUACCUGUGCAGGUGUCUCCGCGGCAGCCACUUCCUAUUCUCCCAGCCCCACCCAGCAAUAACCAGGCGGCCCACAAUCCCCCACAUAUCCCUGUGCAGCUGGUUGGGGCAAGGCAGUGCAUAGGGGGAAGCGUGCAGGCCGUGGCCCUGGCGCAGGUGCGAAACGUCACCACCCAAGAAAAUGUUAACGCUAACGCUGCCUCACACAAUACUUCUACAACUUUGAAUAAGUCUGCCAAUGGGUCCCUGAAGAGGAAGUCUGACUGCGAUGCACCCAACGAAACGACUGCAGGAUCUUCUGAAACUGUUUCGAUGAAAGAUGCUGCUCCGGCUUUAACUCCAGCAUCGACGAAGGAGCCAGCUCCUCUUCCCCCAGCUUCCUCGUUGCCACCCAACCCAUCCUUGCCUCUGCCACUGUCGAGGGUGGGCCAUGGCGACAAAGAGCGGGCGCCGCUCCCCCAGGCGGUGGUCAAACCUCAAGUCCUCACGCACCUCAUCGAGGGCUUCGUCAUCCAGGAGGGAGCCGAGCCUUUUCCCGUUGCUGGACUCCUUAAAGAUCGUGACUUUGCCCUGGGUGCCCGUGUAGAGAAUGGCCCACCGAUGUUGAAAUGUGAGUACUGCUUAAGCCUGGCACCAGCCAGCCAGUUCAAAGGAACAAAGAGAUUCUGCACCAACACCUGCGCUAAGAGGUACAAUGUAAGCUGCAGCCAACACUACAAGUCAAGCAGAGGAAUCGCCAUCACCCCAGCCAAGAGCGCCCCCAGGCGGCGCGGACCCCCUCGACGCAACAAAUCCAGUAGCAACAAGUUGUCCACGCGGCAUCGAAACGUCAAGCGCCGCUCGGACUCCAGCCACUCAGAGGAAGCGUCCAGUGAUGGCGACGAGGAGGAAGUGGAGGACAUCCCUUCCCUCUCCCCCAGCUCCUCCCACUCACACAACAACGCUCCCCAGUCGGACGCCUCGGCUCCCGGGAGCCUCCCCAUGGAGACGGCCGGCUUCCUGUCGGCAACUCCCGCCCAAUGGAGCGUAGACGAAGUGUGCAGGUUCAUCUCGUCGCUUCAAGGCUGCGAGGAGCUGGCCGCUCACUUCCUGUCGCAGGAAAUCGACGGGCAGGCUCUGCUUCUCCUCCGCGAGGACCAUCUCAUCUCCACCAUGAACAUCAAGCUGGGUCCUGCCCUCAAAAUCUGCGCCUCCAUUAACAGCCUGCGCGAGUGACCAGUCGUUUACGCGUUGUCCACAGUGUUAUUUUGGGAUGUUGACGCAACACUAUGAUUGACAGUUUACAUUUUGGACCUUGAAUGUGCAAAAACAUGUUGGGGCUUUUUGGGGGGUCUGUAGUAUGCGUGAUGACAUUUACCAUGUUAACUACUCAAACCCAGUAGUGAGAAAUAGUCUUUUGACUUGUUUUUAUACUCUCAUGUCAAGUGGUAGCAAGGUUAUCUACACAAAAGACAUGAUGCCUUCUUGUGAUAUUUAACAAGGUGCUAUUUUUUUUUUUGUUUUAGGGAGGGGGGGGAGAAAUGGUUUCUAAAGUAUACUUUUGUAUUUUUCACGUCAACUUUUCAGAGCUAUUACCAAUUUAGGAGGUGUGCUAGAAAAGCUCCAGGACUGGUGUCACAACAUAUGAGUUUCGUUUCAUUUCAUUGGCCAUGCUCGUUAAUCGGAACACUCCAAUGAUAGUUUCCCCAUUGAAAUGAAUAAAAAUUCCAUUAAUCUGUUACAGCCCCCCCCCCCAAAAAAAAUAAAUUAAUAAGAAUUUUA